AUGCUAGCAUGUGCAUUAUGUGUAGCAAAUCCGAAUGCAUGUCGUAAUCCUUCAUGGUAUACAAAUUUUUGUUUUCUUUUACAGGCGAUGUAUCCCGAACCAAAAGGUAGAUCUAGUCCACAAAUGAGUGAAUUAAGGUCGAGAAUAAUUGCGAUGCAAGCAGUUGGUAUCGAUGAGAAAUCUGUAGAACAACCAAGAUUAAACCAAGUGGCCGGGAAUCGAGCCACAGUUGCGAUGUUAGCUCCAGCUGUUCAUAUAAUGCAUCAGAUUUGGAAAGGAAUGGCGUGGGUUACUGACGGUAUUGAUGAAGACGACAUUCAUCUCAGAAACACUGAACAGGAAAUUGCUACCAAUUCAGUUUAUCGAGAAACGAGCCAACAAACAACGUCUAAGAUAGAGUUAAACAGUGCUUCACAAAAGCCACAAACCGUAUCGUCAGACGAAUCAUUUAAUUCAAAAAACGAUAUCACUUUAUGA